AAUUUACUUCUGCCCUUUCGAGGCAUAUCGGUGUUUAUUUCAUUUUGUCAUGACGCCGUUAAUUUUCUUGAUAAUUUUUUCAUUUGUAUAUAUUCAUUGUGAGAAGAAUCAGAGUUUCGUCUUGAAAUAUAAAUGGAGAAUCCUAAAUUUCACCUGGCCAUGUAGGGAAGCUUACCAGAACGCCCUGAAAACUAGAAAAUAUAUUCCGGAAAACGGAGAAAUUAAGGGCCUGAAAAUAUAUAAAGAAGACAUGUAUUUCGCUAUACCUUUAUACAAACCGGGAAUUCCAGUCACGCUGGCGACCGCAAAGAAGGACGAUUGGAAAAAUGCUACAGUUCGGCCGUUUCCCAAUUGGGAUGAAAAUGUAGACCCCAAAAAUUGUUCUACGCUUCAAAGUGUGCAAGGAGUUGAAAUUGACAAUAAGGGUAUACUUUGGGUUAUUGACGGAGAGAGACAAAGAAAUUUCACAGAUUGUCCGUGUAAACUGGUGUUGUUUGAUUUGAACAGAGCAGGAAGGAGAGUGCUCACCCACAUAUUUCCCGAUGAAAUUUGUCUUUCGAAAGGAGCCUUCUUGAACGAUAUCGUCAUAGAUGAAACUGACGGAACGUAUGCAUACAUAUCAGAUUCCAGUGUCAUAGAUCCUGGUCUGAUAGUUUUCUCAAGAAAAGCAAAUAAAGCUUGGAAAAUAAGAGAUAAAAGUAUGUACCCUGACAUUGAAGCGUCUGAUUGGUUGCUGAACGGAGUUGUGAUGAGUAAACUGGAACCUAUAGAUGGAAUAUCUCUAUCGCCAAAAAUAUCUGAAGGAGAUCAGGAAAAAAUGGUAUUCUACUCAGCAGUGGUAUCUUUCAAUCUUUACGGAAUCAGUACGAAUGUUCUUAAGAAUGAGGAACUAUGCAAAAGUGACCAGUGGCGAAAGAAUGUGACCCUAAUUGGACGGAGACAAUCGCAGAGUGAUGGAAUGAUUUUCAAUAAAAAUGGCGAUCUUUAUUACUCCCUUGUUCCCCUGAAUGCUGUCGGCAUCUGGAAUUUCAGGGAACCCAUCACCUCCUCGAGAAUCCUGGAGAGGAACAAAACGUCGAUAUUCGAACCGAAUGGCUUCGCUUUCGACGGAACUCAGUUGUAUUUACUGGGUAAUAAAGUUAUUUCUACUUUAAACACAACUUUCGAAAGUUAUUUGAAGUGACAUCUUCGAUCUCGAUCAUUAUCACUUGAUUUUCUAAUUAUUAUUAAUCGUAUUAUGUUCAUUCAAUGCAAUAAAUAGUGUGAAGUAA